AUGGAGCUCUGGAAUAAAGUUGUUGUGUGUAAGCUCUUAUGGGCUAUUUCAUGCAAAAAAGAUAAGCUCUGGGUUAGGUGGGUUGAUGCUUAUUAUAUCAGAGGCAGGAAUUUAGAUGAUGUGCAUUGUCAAGCUAUGUCUUGGGCUUUGAAGAAAAUUUUUGACUACAUGAAUCUGAUCAAGAAUGCUGGUGGCUGGGACAGUUUUAUCAAAGGGGGUUGCUUUUCUAUUAAGACUAUGUAUAAGUUUCUCCAUGGUAUUCAUGAUAAAGUCAGCUGGAGCAGGGUGAUUUGCAAUAAUCAGGCUUCUCCACGAAGUUUAUUUAUUGCUUGGCUGGCUAUUUGUAACAGACUGCCUACCCUAGAUAGACUCUCUGCUUGGGGAAUUACUUCUGAUACUAUGUGCAAGUUGUGUGGUAAUGUUGCUGAGUCUAUAGAUCAUUUGUUCUUCAAAUGUACUUUUUCUGCUCAGAUUUGGGGUGCUGUGCUUCAGAUUUUGCAUUGCCAGAGAAAUCCUGGCUCCUUUGAUUCAGAGUUGCUUUGGGCUACCAAGUGUGGUAAGAAAGGGACUCCUAAACAUAAGUUGUUCUUAAUGUUUUUUGCUGAGAUCAUUUAUGCGAUUUGGAUCCAGAGGAAUGAAGUGGUUUUUAAUCAAUAUCAUAGGUCUGCUGAUGCAUUGAUGAGAGAAAUUUCCUUUAAAGUAGCUUCCAGAUGUAAUGAUAGGCAAUGUGAGAUCCUUAUUGUAAAGUGA